GGGACUGUCCCGUGGCACCUGGCGGCGCUGAGGGCGACGCGGAGGCUCCGGAGGGUACGGAGCAGCGGCAAUGGACGACCACAGCCUGGAGGAGUUCCGUCGGUGCUGGCAGGAGGAGCUGGCGCAGGCCCAGGCGCAGAGGAAGCGGCGGCGACCCGAGGCUGCCGAGCGGCGGCCGCGGCGGGCCGACGUGGCUCCGGGGCGCGGCGAGCAGGCCUCGGGGUACCUGGCGCUGGCCCAGGGCCUCCUGGAGGGCGCGGGGCGGCCCCCGGCGGUGCGGGCGACCCGGGCCGAGAGGCAGGACGCGGCGAGCCGUUCCCGCUCCCCUCCCGUCCGCGAAGGCGCGGGGGGCGGGGAGCAGCUGGUGGAUCAGCUCAUCCGCGACCUGAAUGAAAUGGACGAUGUGCCCUUCUUUGAUAUCCAACUGCCUUAUGAAUUGGCAAUCAAUAUAUUUCAGUAUCUGAACAGGAAAGAACUAGGAAGGUGUGCACAGGUGAGCAAGACGUGGAAGGUGAUUGCUGAAGAUGAGGUGCUGUGGUACCGGCUGUGCCAGCAGGAAGGGCACCUUCCGGAGAGCAGCAUCUCAGAUUAUUCCUGCUGGAAGCUCAUCUUCCAAGAGUGCCGAGCCAAGGAACACAUGUUAAGGACCAACUGGAAGAAUCGCAGAGGUGCCGUGAGUGAGCUGGAGCACGUUCCUGAUGCGGUUUUAUGCGAUGUGCACUCUCACGAUGGCGUUGUCAUUGCUGGAUAUACAUCAGGGGAUGUGAGGGUGUGGGACACCCGCACCUGGGACUAUGUGGCCCCCUUCCUGGAAUCAGAGUAUGAGGAGGACGAGCCUGGAAUGCAGCCAUAUGUCUCCUUUGUGAGGAUCAACAGCUCGCUGGCGGUGGCAGCUUAUGAGGAUGGAUUUCUCAAUAUUUGGGACUUGAGGACUGGGAAGUAUCCUAUUCAUCGUUUUGAGCAUGAUGCAAGAAUACAGGCGCUAGCCCUCAGCCAGGAAGAUGCCACGGUUGCCACAGCUUCAGCUUUUGAUGUUGUGAUGUUGUAUCCCAACGAGGAGGGGUACUGGCAAAUAGCUGCAGAAUUUGAGGUUCAGAAACUGGUUGACUACCUGGAAAUAGUUCCGGAUACUGGAAGGUACCCUGUGGCAGUGGCCACUGCUGGAGAUCUGGUAUACCUGCUGAAAGCUGAGGACUCAGCCAGAACCCUCCACUACGUCUACGGCCAGCCUGUCACAUGUUUAGACGUCUCAGCCAGCCAGGUUGCUUUCGGAGUAAAGAGUCUCGGAUGGGUGUAUGAAGGAAACAAGAUCCUGGUGUACAGCCUGGAAGCUGAACGCUGCCUCUCGAAGCUGGGUAAUGCACUUGGUGACUUCACUUGUGUCAACCUCAGGAACAGCCCUCCCAGCCUCAUGGUCAGUGGCAACAUGGACAGGAGGGUGAGGAUCCAUGACCUGCGCACUGAUAAAAUCGCCCUAUCACUCUCCGCCCACCAACUUGGGGUCUCUGCCGUCCAGAUGGAUGACUGGAAAAUUGUCAGUGGAGGCGAGGAAGGCCUGGUGUCUGUGUGGGACUACCGGAUGAACCAGAAGCUGUGGGAGGUCCAUUCCAGGCACCCUGUGAGGCACAUCGCGUUCACCAGUCACAGCCUCAUCACGGCCAACGUGCCCUACGAGAGGGUGGUGCGGCACUCAGACCUGGACAGCUUCGCCACUCACAGGAGACACCGGGGGCUGAUUCAUGCCUAUGAGUUUGCAGUGGACCAGCUGGCCUUCCAGAGCCCUCUGCCCGUCUGCCGCUCCUCCUGUGACACCAUGACCAGUUACAACUACGACCUUGCGCUGACUUUUCCCUAUGACAGUAUUUAGUGCCUCAUUUGAGAACAGGGAGAAAAAUGGGAAGGACCAAUUUUUAACCUUUGAAACAACGGGAGAGCGCUCUGCGGGGUGGAAGGUGUUUGGGGACGCCCGCUGCGCCCGAGUGCUUGCAAAGCGUGGGUGUGCGCCCCGGCUCGUUUCAUCUCACCUCUCUCUGUGGCUUCGAGGGACACGCUGAUGACUCAGACUUCACCUCCUUCCCUCGUGGCCCUUCCCUGGCCCAGCUGGAGGCCUCGUGAGCCGCAUGCUCUGCACCACCAGGCUCGGCCGCUCGCUGGCUCCUGCCCUGGCGGCCUCUUCCCAGCCUCAGACCCUUUCAGGAACCUUGUGGCCUUGGGUGUGCUGGUCUCGGGCCUGCAAGGCCUCCUUGGGCUCAGAGAUCAUGUGCCUACUCAGGGUGGCUUCCUUCAGCUCCACUCACCCCUCCCAGUGUCACCUGGAGAGCAGUGCUUUUUUUUCCAUAGCUUUUACCAUGAUUUAUAAGUAUAUAUUUAUACAAUUAUUUCAUUAAGGACUAUUUUGCUUUCUAUUGUGUCCACAAUAUAUGACACAAAGUAAGUAUUUUCUCAGUAUUCACUGGCUAAGCAGCCAUCCUCCAAAGGGAGCAGUAGCGGAGGGACUGCCUUCAACCCGCAAGAGCGCCGGCGAGAGUGGCUUCCCUUCCCACCUUCAGCAAGGCUGAUGGUGCUGGCCUCGCGUAAGAGCCCCAGGCUCUGUCCCCAGCCUAAGCUCUGCAGGCAGGCUCGUCGUCAGCAGAUGGAGUCCUGAACAACCUGCAGCCCGGAGGAGUCAGAGGCCGUAGGCGUGCCUGGCACCUGUGUGCUUUCAGAUGUCCAUAGGCCCUGAGGGAACAGGCACAGGGGUGAGGGGUGAGCGCACACGGCCAGCUCCCUGACCCCAGCGCAGAGCAGUUAGAGAGCAACACCAGGCAAAGGAAUAGACGUGUGCCGGGGUUCCACACGCUCAGAGCUGGAGUUAAGAGUGUUGCUAAUAGAGAGCGGAGAUGCGCAUCCUCUGUCCCAGGGCGUUGGAGACAGUGAACAUCCAGAGCAGGGGCUGAGCUGAGAGGAGAAGUGACCCAGGGGAGAUGGGGCCUCAUCACGGAUGCUCAGGAGAGGCCCCGGGCCCAGAGAAAGUGGAGGAAGGAGGUUGAAAGCUCAGAGCAGACACGAAGACAAAUUGUGCAGCUCUUGAUAAAGAAGGUGUAAGGACGGUUAGGGACAGAAAAAUGCUGACCUCAGCAUGAGAGUCACCUGCCACACUCAUCGGAGGAGAAGUGAGCAUGGAUCCCCGGGCUGGGAAGGAAUCCAGGGCCCCCACCAGGCGGGUGCUGAGGCUUGGGGAGGGUCUGGGCUUGCUCACGUCAGCGCCCCUCAACACCCCUCUCCAGCUGGCCAGGAGAACCAGCAGAUGAAGAGCCACCGCAGGGAGCUGUACUCCAGCCCAGCGAGACCGCCCCUCAGCCUGCCUCGCAGCACCCGGCGCCCUGCUGGUCUUCUUUUACCUUUUUUUUUUUUUUUUUCUGUAGUUGCAUGUGCACGGCGUGCCUUUAUCUUGUUUUUAUGUGCGCUCGGCAUCGAACCCGGCGCCUCACGCGUGCUCGGCAAGUGCUGGGCCACAGAGCUGCAUCCCAGCCCUCGCUUGGGUUCUCCAGCCAGCCACCCCCCGCAGUGGCCUUCCGUGCCCCACUCCUGCCAACCGUGCUUGGCUUCUCUCCCACAGUGGGCCACGGCAGAAGUUUCUCCUCGGAAGCAGCUCCUUCCAGUCUGAGCCCUUCAUUCUGUGGGUACAGAUCAUUGACACAGCCAAACGAGAUGCAGAAAAUUUUUUCUUAAAUUAAAAACAGCUUUAAACUACUAGUAUUCCCUGCUAAUAGCCCAAGUCUCCCACUCAGGAAAGUAGCCCGGAAUUUUGAAGGAGAAUCAUUAGCCCCACACCGAAAUCUUCAAGGCAUGCCAAAUUCAGUCUGUUUUCAGCAGAAUAAGCCGCCCUGACGGGGAAGGUACGCGGAAGGUAAGCCAACCUCUGUGGUGAGGAAAGGCCGGGCCGGCCACCACCCCGUCGUAUCCCUGCCGGCUCCUGCGUCUCGGUGCGUGCUGAGUGGAUUUGGCAUCUGCAUUUCCUUUUAGUGCUUCUGCUGCUCAAACUCUUCCUCCCGUGCUCUCCCCAGCUGAAGACUCCAGCGUGCCACAGGGGUGGUGGUAGGCAGCACACUACAGGGUCUCAUCCCCAAACGCGGAUGUGCCGCCUGCCUUUAUCUGCUCUGCUGUUAAACCUUUGGAACUUUCUCACUGCUCAAGUUGUCUGAACGCCCGGGCAGGGUGCACAGCGGCAGGCCCUGCGCGGCACAGAACCAGCUCCCUCACUAUUUUCUCUCAGCCGGGUCUUCCUGAGCCUCCACACAGGCAGUCCCAGUCUAGGGUCAGAGGUCCACAGUGUGACCCACGCAGCCUCCAGUGUGACUAUUUUCAAGGACAACAGUUCCCUGUCAUUGCAUUGAAGGGUCUGAAUCCCCCUUCCCCCCGCGCUCCCUCCGCUCCUGCCUGUGUCUGCCUUGGUCCGGGCAGUGAGUCACACUUAGAAGCUCUCCUAGGGACACAGCAUCUUCCUGUCCUGGCCAACUGCUCGGGCUUCGCUGAUCAAAGAAGAAACUGGAUCUCCCCAGCAGUGGCAGUUUGGUCCUUUCUGGAAGAGAAAGGGGACACCCCUCUCUGACCCCUAUCCCCUGAGAACUCAAGACCUUGAGUUUAACCCCUUAAGUCCCAAGUUUUCCAGUCCACAAAUCUUUCAAUGACAUUGACCCAGGUGCAUUAAAAUAGAUUGGAACUCAACCUAGAGCUCAUGUCCUCUCAUAUAUAAAAUAUAUUUUUUCAGAUACUCGAUUUUUCUCAAAA